GAGAGGCUCAUAGUCGAACUGCAUUGUGGGAUAGAACACCGGGUCGGUUUCUCUCAAAAAUAAUUGCAAAGAUGAUGCCCACACCGGUUAUCCUGCUGAAGGAGGGGACAGAUACGUCUCAGGGCGUCCCUCAGUUGAUCAGCAACAUCAAUGCCUGCCAGGUCAUCGCCGAGGCCGUCCGCACCACACUGGGACCUCGCGGCAUGGACAAACUCAUGGUGGACGGCAGAGGUAAAGCCACCAUCUCCAACGACGGGGCGACCAUCCUGAAGCUGCUGGAUGUGGUUCACCCUGCUGCCAAGACCCUGGUUGACAUCGCACGCUCCCAGGAUGCCGAGGUGGGUGACGGUACCACGUCUGUGACCCUGUUGGCAGCAGAGUUCCUGAAGCAGUUGAAGCCGUACGUGGAGGAGGGUCUACACCCCCAGACCAUCAUCAGAGCCUUCCGCAGCGCUACGCACCUGGCCGUCAAGAAGAUCAGAGAGAUCUCCGUCACCGUCAAGAAGGACGACAAGAAAGAACAGAGGGAGCUCUUGGUGAAGUGUGCCGCCACAGCCAUGAACUCCAAGCUGAUCGCAGGUCAGAAAGAGUUCUUCAGUGAGAUGGUGGUGGAGGCCGUCAUGAUGCUGGAUGACCUGCUGCCCCUCAAGAUGAUCGGUAUCAAGAAGGUGCAGGGGGGAGCUCUGGAGGAGUCUCACCUGGUAGCUGGCGUGGCCUUCAAGAAGACGUUCUCCUACGCUGGGUUCGAGAUGCAGCCUAAACGCUACGACCAGCCCAAGAUCGCUCUACUCAAUGUGGAGCUGGAACUGAAGGCCGAGAAAGACAACGCAGAGGUCCGCGUCAAGUCUGUCGAGGACUACCAGGCCAUCGUAGACGCAGAGUGGAACAUCCUGUAUGACAAGCUGGAGAAGAUCUACAAGUCUGGAGCCAAGGUGGUCCUGUCUAAGCUGCCCAUUGGUGACGUGGCCACACAGUACUUUGCUGACCGGGAUCUGUUCUGCGCCGGACGUGUUCAGGAGGAGGAUCUCAAGAGGACCAUGAUGGCCUGCGGGGGCUCUAUCCAGACCAGUGUUGGCUCCAUGACAGACGACGUCCUGGGGCGCUGUGAACUCUUUGAGGAGGUGCAGGUCGGAGGAGAGCGGUAUAACUUCUUCAAGGGUUGUCCUCGCUCCCAUACGUGCACCAUCAUCCUGAGGGGCGGAGCCGAGCAGUUCAUGGAGGAGACGGAACGCUCUCUGCAUGACGCCAUCAUGAUCGUACGCAGAGCCAUCAAGAAUGACUCCAUCGUGGCUGGCGGAGGUGCGAUAGAGAUGGAACUCUCAAAGUAUCUUCGUGAUUAUUCCAGAACCAUUCCCGGGAAGCAGCAGCUGCUGAUUGGAGCGUACGCUAAGGCUCUAGAGAUUAUCCCCAGACAGUUGUGUGACAACGCAGGGUUCGACGCCACCAACAUACUGAACAAGCUGCGCGCCAAGCACGCACAGGGUGGUAUGUGGUACGGUGUAGACGUAAACAACGAGGAUAUAGCUGAUAACUACCUGGCGUGUGUGUGGGAACCCUCCAUCGUUCGUAUCAACGCCCUGACCGCCGCCAGCGAGGCCGCAUGCCUUAUCCUCUCCGUGGACGAGACCAUCAAGAACCCCCGCAGUAGCGUAGAAGGGCCUCCAGGCGGCGGGAGAGGCCGGGGACGCGGGAGACCCCACGCUCACUAGGGGGGGGAGCCUACCUCUCUAACCUCCAGAGCCAUAGACAGACGUUCAGGCAAACUAGGGUGAAAUAGGAAAGGAUCAUCCAUUUUUGUCACAAUGUUCCAAUGGCAACAGCAGUCUAGAUUCUGUUCAUUAAUUAGAAUGUGAAAGUCUUUUUGAAUGUUUGGAACCAACAUGGCGGUUCUAUGAGAAUUGUAGAAUCUUUCUAAUGGAGUUUACUGAGCUACGUAUGUCUAUGGCUCUGGUCCGGUCUCACUUCAGUCCUCUCCAACACAUCUUACAGGAGGGGUGCAACAGCAACGGUAGUCGUGGUAAUCUGGGCUCUGGCUAGGAUGAUGCUAGAAUUUGGUCCAAUUUCCCUUUUCUCUCCCUCAGCCUCUCCUUGUAACUGAUUUGCAUCCAUGUUGUCCAGUCACCUCAAUGCGUUAGUUGGCAAAAGCAGUUCAUCGGUUAUAUGUGUGUGUGUGUGUGUGUGUGAAUGUAACAGUCUGUCUUACAAACUACUAAACCACAACUGCUAUUCCCUUUGUCUCACAUCGCUUCACAUUGAGAUGGCUGGAGACUUGAGAGCCUCCUCGCCCCAAUACCAUUUUUUGCAUACGUUUCCAACCCCCAUCCAACCCAUUGUCUAGGACAGAGUCAAGGGUGCUGUCUUUUGUAAUGCUUGUAACUGUCACACGCACUGAGUUAGUCAUGAUGUUGACAAUGUUUUUGUUGCUUUGCCAGUGGAACUAUUUAUUAUUGGACCAUUAAAAUCAAUACUUUUACAGCUCAA